AUGGAAAUUCCAAAAGCUCACUUCUCUUUGGCCAUUCUUGUCAUUCUCUUUGCGGUUUCAAGUAGCCAAAAUGUUGCCACCCCGGCCUGUAAGGCUAAAGAACCCUUCAACUGCGACAAUCCCCUUACAUUCAACCGAACUAGUUUUCCAAAGAACUUCACUUUUGGUGCGGCUACUUCCGCCUACCAGAUUGAAGGUGCAGCACAUAGAGCACUUAACGGAUGGGAUUAUUACACUCACAGAUAUCCAGAGAAAGUUCCAGAUCACAGUUCUGGAGACCUUGCUUGUGAUUCGUAUGAUCUUUACAAGGAGGAUGUCAAAUUACUGAAAAGAAUGAAGGCACAAGCCUACCGGCUCUCAAUAGCAUGGUCUAGGGUCUUACCAAAGGGAAGAUUGAUAGGAGGGAUUGACGAAAACGGGAUCAAAUACUACAAUAACCUCAUCAAUGAGUUAAAAGCAAAUGGCAUAGAACCGUACGUAACAAUCUUUCACUGGGAUGUUCCCCAAACUCUAGAAGAUGAGUAUGGAGGUUUCUUGAGCCGGCGUAUAGUGGAGGACUACAAAAACUAUGCCGAGCUUCUAUUCCAGAGGUUUGGAGACAGAGUCAAAUUUUGGAUCACUUUAAACCAACCUUACUCUCUUGCAAGCAAAGGUUAUGGAGAUGGAUCGUAUCCGCCUGGUCGGUGCACUGGCUGUGAAUUUGGAGGAGAUUCUGGAACCGAACCUUAUAUAGUUGGACAUAACCAACUUCUAGCUCAUGCAAAAGUUGUAGAAUUAUACAGAAAAAGAUAUCAGAAAUUACAAGGUGGUAAGAUAGGAACGACCUUGAUCGGGAGAUGGUUCACCCCAUUAAACGAAAAUAGCAUUCGCGACACGGCUGCUGCAAAGCGAGCAUUUGAUUUCUUCGUCGGAUGGUUUUUGGAUCCACUGGUCUAUGGAAGAUAUCCAAAGAUAAUGCGACAGAUGGUGGGAAAUAGAUUGCCCAAAUUCACACCCCAAGAAUCAAAAUUAGUCAAAGGAUCACUUGAUUUUCUAGGGUUGAACUAUUACGUUACUCAAUAUGCGACCACCGCACCUCGUUCCACACAACCUAAUGUCAUAACCGAUGCAAGAGUUACUCUUGGAUAUUAUCGCAACAAAGUACCUAUUGGUGUUCAGGCGCCUAGCUUCGUCUACUACCCUCCAGGGAUCCGUCAGAUUCUUAACUAUAUCAAAAACAAUUACGGAAACCCACUUACCUACAUCACUGAAAAUGGAGUUGCUGAUCUUGAUACCGGAAACUUAACGCUGCCAGAUGCUCUUGCUGAUAAUGGACGAAUUCAAAAUCAUUGCAGCCAUCUUUCAUGUCUCAAAUGUUCUAUCGAUGAUGGAUGCAACGUAGCAGGGUAUUUUGCAUGGUCUUUGAUGGAUAACUACGAGUUCGGAAAUGGUUACACUCUCCGCUUUGGUAUGAAUUGGGUCAAUUUCACUAAUCCUGCUGAUCGAAGAGAAAAAGCUUCUGGAAAAUGGUUUUCUAAGUUCAUUAUCAAACAAUAAGAAGAAUCAAUAUAUUUUAAUAAAUUAUGUGCAUCCAACCUACUGAAUCUAAUAAUUACUCUACUCUAUGUAUUGUUUGUUUUAUUUUUAUUAUAAUUAAUUAAUAAAGCUUCGAUGAUGUGUAUGUGUUGCUAAUACGGUUGUAAUAACCAGGCCUUGGUUUUCGGUCAAUUCAUAAAUAACGUGAAAUUUAUACAUGUGUAGGCUUUCUUCUUCUUGUUUCUAUAUACUCUGACCAACAAUUACUUGUCAAAAGUUUACAACGUUCUCUAAUAUUUGAUAUCGUUAUUAAUUAUUACCACGCUGGCUUGUUUGAACAACAAAAGUGGAAAACCAAUGAUGUAUUAUACUUAAUGCCUAAUUAAUGGGCAAAGUCGAAUCAUUUUGCUUUGUUUGUAUAGUUCUCUGCAAUUCUAGAUUAAAGACACCAAAAUAACACAAAAAAUUUGUUAUGUACAAAAAGUUAGUCAUGAAAAUGUAUGUAUUGCAUCCCUCCGACCAACGUUCAUGGUUUCAUGUUGUUAAAGUCAAGAAACUAGCAAGUGAAUAGUAUCCAGUAAAGCAGAAAUUUACUUUUAUAUUUGCUUCUUUUGUAAGGCUAAUCGUUUUGCCUAGCCUCGAAAUUCAUACCUGCUUUUUAACUAUUGUAUCCGCAAUUGUAAAAAUUAAGAGAAUUAAGUUUACCAGUCUCUCUUCUCCAUAUUCUCUCAACCAUCCUCAUUCUUCUUCAGUGUUUUCAUCAUUCUUCAUUAAGUUAAUCUCAUAUUCUAACAUGGUAUCAGAGCAAUAAUCUCCUAUUCUCUUCAUCUCUUCCGCGUUCAACCUAUUUCAUUAUCUAUUUUCUGGAUCUAACCAUAGAAAACUCAAGGCAAAUGGUUGUUCCAAUCACCCUUAAGGAGGUAAACUACUUUUUGUGGUCUAAGAUGGCCAAGAGAGCUUUAGGUGGCCGUAGUUUGUGGAACCAUAUGUAAAUAAAGGUGAAGCUCCAAAAAAUACGGUAGAUGGCAAGAUUUUCCUUGUGGACGAAGACAAGUGGUUUCAAGACACCAUCAAGUGUUGUCUAUCAUCCAAAACUCCCUAGAAACUUAUAUAUGAAGCAAGAAGCUUUAAUCAGAUUUUUCUGAUUAUGGAAAUCUGACAACUGAAAUAUUGAUAGACGAUAAUGAACGAAGUCAGGUCCACUAUAGCCAUCUUUCAUGUCUCAAAUGCGCAAUUGAGUGAGUUAUUCGCGUGUCUAUGUGUGAGAUAUUUUUUUGUGUGUAAAGGUUCGAGUAUUAAGCUAAAUACUUUAGUAUACAAAUGGGUGAAAUGUAACAUGAUACCUUGCAAACUCUUUUAUGGAAAAUUAUGAAUUUGUGGAGUUAUACGCUGCGGUUCGGUAUGCAUUUGGUUAACUUCACGAGUCCUGCUGAUA